UUAUACAAUUUACAUUAAACAAAAUUUCGUAGAAAAAUAUUGGGUUUUCCAAUAACUUAUGCAUAAAAAUGAAGAAUUUUUCAUUGACUGCGUUCGAACAACAUCCUCUUACAUUAUUUCGCAUGCGUCAUACUUAUCAGCGGAAUUGUAUAUUACUUAUGUUAGUUGCCAUGACUAUAAGAACGAAAACAUUGGAUGAAUGAAUGAAACGCUACGUUUCGUAUUCCGUUUCAUUCUUGUAUCGGUCAUCAGAGAUAAAAGUAGACAUAAAAAAUUAUCGAUUAGGAUAGUACCUCGGUGUCAAAUGAAUUUGGAAAGAAUAGAAAGUGCGAAGCAAAUGGAAAGGCCUGUAACUCGUUGGCGUCGAGAAGCUCUCGAGAAAAGCGUGAAAAAAAUCGAAAGUAAAGAAAUGGAAAGACCAACGUCUAGGAGAGGAAUCAAAGAAAAUCUAGAAGAUUACAGUCAUUUUCGUCCUGGGACUCCUGCGAAUCCUCGAAAUACUUUAACGGUUCGAGCACCAUCUGCUUCUGUUUCGGGUUUGACACGUUUAAAUACGGGACUGUCGAUUUCAGCUCUUGAAAGACCCAUCACUCAGCAUGGAAUUGCUCCAAUUCGACCUGGAACUGGUAGAGGAUCCUCAAUGACAAGACAAGUUCAGGAUAAAAGAUAUUACGAAGGAUUAAUACAAUUAAAAAUGAGAGAAUUAUCGCAAGAAAUGACUACUAUCGUACGAGACAUCGAUAUGCAGAAUAAGGAAAGGGCAACAAUAUUGCAUUACGAUAAAAGGGCUAAGGAUCUGGCAGCGGAAUUAACGUCAUUGCAAGGAGAACUCGCUGAUUAUAAUAUUGUCGUAGAUAAAAUGAGUUUGAAUAUCGACAAAGAAUCCGUAGAUCAAGAGGCUAAAGAACUUUCGUUGAAAAAUGAACGAUCCAUGGUAGAGAUUGAGGAAAUGUUUGAACGUAGACAAGAAAUGGAACAACGAUUACGUAAAACGGAAAAAGAAAUAGAAUUGGAGAGACAACGUACGGAAAGAUUAGUCGAAAUGAUGGAUCCAAUAAUGAGAGAAAAGUACGAUGAACUUAGGAAAGAAAAACUUCAAGUGGAAAAAUCAAUCAACGGGAUGCAGCAAGAAUUUGACGAAUUAUCGAAGGAACACAGCAAUUUGGAGGAACAAAUAGCACUGUCUCCUUUGAAACAGGAAGCUGUCAAACUUCACAUUAAGAUAAUGGAUGCAGAAGAUAAGAGGGAUAAACUUAGGGAAGAGGAAAGGAAUAGAUUGUCGCCUGAUAAAGAAAAAGAGCAAUUAUUGUCAAAAAUUAAACAAGACAAUAUGGACAAAUCAGCCGCGGAAGCGCAACUGGCUAGUAAAAAAAGACAAAUAGCUGAAUUGGAGGAAGAAUUGGAACGAUUAGAGACUGAUUUAGAAGACGGUAGAACUGAGAAAUUAACGAAAUAUAAAGAAUUGCAAAAACGGGAAGAAGUUAUGGAACAAUUUGCUUCAACUUUUGAAGUGAAUAAAGCAGAGGAAAUGGAUAGGAUUAAAAAAUUAGAAUUAUCGAUCGUAGAGUAUUUAGAAAUAAUAUCCAAUGCCGAUGAUAACAGGAAUUUAACGAGGAGCGAGGAAGUAUUGAUUUUAAAUAAAUCCAAUAAUGAUUAUAAUUACGAUUACGACAAUGAGCGUUUAUCGCACGAUCAAAGUUUUGAAAUGUUAGGCAAUGAUUAUAUCAAAUUACAAGAUACAUUGCGUAAAUUAGAAAUAUUAGAGCAUAAAUUGAAAUCGGAAAUAAGUGAUUUUAACGAACAAACCAAUGACAGAGAAUUUGAAUUAAUAAAAUUAGAAAAUUUAAAUGGUUUUAAAAUGACAAGUCAAAUGAAACACGAAGAUGCGAAUGCUGAAUAUAAAAAAUUAAUGAACGAGCAAAAAAUUAGCGAGGAAGAAUUGAAAACCGUUAAAGAUAAUUAUAAUCGAGCGAAGGCGCGUUUUAACGAAAAUCGAAUUUUUCUUGAAAUUGAGGCACUUGAAAAAAAAUUAUUCAAUCUAAAGGAAGAAAAUAAGAAAAGUAAUGAUUUACUUCAAAGGCAGAAAGAACACGUUGAUUUUCUACCUCGUAAACAGCAAGCCUUGAAAUUAAUGGAAGAAUAUGGUACAAUACUUGAAAGCAAUUUCAAAAAUCUUUAUUAA